CCUCCGGGACACCAGAACCCGCUGCCAGAUGGCCUGACAGCUACCACGGUGCAAAGUCCCCGGCAGCAGCAGCGAAAGCUGUUAAACAUUGUGCGUCCCACCAUACAGUCCACAAUACAGCCCGCCGGUGGCAGCCAUGUGUUUCCCGGACUGCGAAGGACACAGCGGGCCAGCGCAGACGACGAAGAAAGGAUCUCGAUUCUUAGUCAGCAGGUUUGCGCUCAGCCUGCUUCUGAUGUUCGCUUUGUGUACAGAAGAUACCAGCGCUCGCUGCCUGAGACCGCGUGCGAAGGAGAUGUUAUGUGGCGCCGAACUGGUGGACAUUCUGCAGUUUAUCUGUGGCCCAACGGGAUUCUACUUCAGCAGAGCGGCUCCCUUGCGUAGCAGACCCAGGCCGGGCAUUGUGGAAGAAUGCUGCUUCUGUGGCUGUAGCGUUGCCAUCCUAGAAUCGUACUGCGCGGCUCCAAUUACGAACAUCACAGGCAAAGAAGAUCAAAAAAACUAGGAUAAUCCCGCGCCAUCUCCAGGCAUUGUAUCCACGGCGUUUAAAGAUGACUUAAGGAAAUCCCUUAAAUGACGGAACAAGGACACAACCGCCGUGAUGUAAAAGCGCAAUAAACGGGGGGGGGGAACCGGACAAGGAAAUCCAUGUGAAAAGAGUCCGUGGGACCCUCCAAUUAAAUACGGGACGCCAUAUGUAUUGCGCUGUUUAGAUAAUGCUGUGAAUACGCUCGUGAUAGUUUGUCCUAACGAGACCCGGAAGCCAUUAGCACAGGCCUUUUAUGUGAUGAUGUCAUAAGGGAUCGUUUCGAUGACAUCAUAGCUGAAAUCAGUAAAUAUUAUUCCACUCGAUUUGAUACAUUGUUGAAAGAUUUUGAUACAUAUGAAUCAUUCCCUCGGUUACUGGGAUAAUUUGCUGCUGCUUAACAUAGCAACGCCAAAAAAUGUGCAUUUAAAGGGAAAAAAAUGUGGCUUUUAAUUACAAUUACGUAUUUUUUUAUAUGCUGUUUCUUUUCAUCGGUUGUCAUAAUUAGCAGCAAAAAGAGACAUUAACAAAAAGAUUAUCUGUCUCCCUCCACGCCGUUAAGAGCAGAGGUUGGAAUGGAGACGUUUCCAUUUGGUGAUGAAGGGUUUAGAUGUCUCCACCAGAAGCCACCCCAAUGGAGACUUUUUAGUGAAUAAGCUAAGCUUCUUUGUUUAGUGGAGUUUAAGUUUCUUUAAAAAAAAUCAUAUUAAAGGAGAUUAUUCUAAUGGUGUCUCUUCGAAAGUCAUAACAGGUCAACGUCAAGAGACAACCAUGAAGAGCCAACUCAAGGUUGACCUAUACAACCAUGAAGAACCAACUCAAGGUUGACCUAUAGUUCGUUCCCCCUAAAGAAUAAAUAGCAAUUUGAAAAAGAAAUGAAUAAUGUAUAAUUGGGACAGGAAGUAGGUAGGAGGACACAGGAAGUUGGAAAAGUUGUACAGGAAAUAAAUAAAAUAGGACCCAACAUUGUUGAGAACGGUCAAAUAUCCUUAAGGGUAUGUUGGCCAAUUUAUGAGAAUCCCCCCAAAUAAAAAUUUUGAGGGGAAACGUAAGAAUCAACGAUUGUGUUCGUAAAACGAGGUGAAGUGAUACUUGUGUAAAUGCGGUUUGUGAACCACGAUAUGGUAACUAUUGGGAUAAAAAUGUCUGUUCUUGACUUUUUUUUUGUUUACAAAUAAAGUUUCCUAAUAAAG